CGAUCUAUUGACGCGUCAUCUGAGUGGCGAUACUCGAAACUAAAACAAGUUCGAUGGGACUGAAAUGUGCGUGGAACCAAAAAAAGGGAUAAAAAAAGAAGCAUUCUCUUGGCGUCUCCGCCUCUUCUUAACGAACACGAUAAUUUUUCAUCUAAAUUAUCUGGCAACGUUGGAUCGUAUUUGUCUAUCUCGUAUAUUCCUCUUUCUCUCUUUCAUAUACACAUAAUCGUCAUCUUCUUCGUCGCGUAUUCGUCGUGCGUGUCGUGUAGGCGUCAUCAUGAUGCAUGAAUCCGAGUGUCGACGAAGUUUGUUUUGAAUCGAUUGAACCGUGGAUAUUAAACUUUAUCGUUAUUAUGGUAAUUCCCGUGGUAAGGAGUGCCGUUGAGAUUUACUUAUCGUUAUGGCGGUAAUCUCUGAUACUCCAUUGAAAUAUUUGAUUGAAAAAUAAUAAAGAAAAUAAUAAUAAUAAAGAAAAAAGGGAUAGAGUGUUGUGAAAUUGAUACGAUUCGAAAAAUAAUGUCGGAGAUCGAAAAGAUUGUUCUCGUUGAACGUUCUCGUUUACGAUCAAAAAUAAAUCGUACGAUCAAAGUGAAAUUCUUAUUCUUAUGGAUUCUAUUAACGUUAAACUUGGUGUUGGCCGAUGAUCGGUCGAUCAUAUUAAAUGAGGAAAGUAAUAAGUGUCCCGUUGGAUGUGGUUGCAUUGGAAACGUUGUUAUAUGUAAUAAUUUGCAAUUAAUCGAAGCACCCAGCGGUUUACCACCAUGGACAGAAAAUUUGGAUCUAAGUGCUAAUAAAUUGGGAAAUAAUUUUACUAUCGGUUUAUCGGAUGCAACCAAAUUAAUAGGACUUAAAGCGAAUAAGAAUCAAUUGACACAAAUACCUGAUCUUUCAUUCGUUAACAAUUUAACGCAUCUCAGUUUAUCGCACAAUGAAAUAACUACUAUUAAUGGAAGUGCCUUAGCUGUUUUAUCAGAACUUCAAACUUUGGAUUUGAGUUUAAAUAAAAUAACUUUUUUACGACGUGGUUCGUUUCUUGCACCAAAUAAAAUCGUCCAUUUAAAUUUAAAUACGAAUCAAAUAUACAUCAUAGAAAAUGGUAGUUUGGAUAAUUUAACUUCGUUAGAGGAACUCCGUUUAAAUAGAAAUAAUCUUGUGCAAUUGAUGGACACAUCAUCUGUUCAAAGUCUUUCUACAGCACUUUUCAGUAAUCUUGGAAAAUUAAGAAUAUUAGAAUUGAAUAGAAAUGAAAUACAAAAAAUGCAAGUAUUAAGUCUUAAGGGUUUAACAAAUUUAGAAGAAUUACGUUUGAAAAGAAACAAAAUAAGCACGUUGAGUGAUGGCGCAUUUUGGCCACUUAAAAAUCUUAUUCUUCUUCAACUUGAUUUCAACUUGUUGACCACUGUAAAGAAAGGUGGUUUGUUUGGAUUAGAAAAUUUGAGAAAAUUAACUUUAUCUCAUAAUCACAUUACAAAGAUUGAAUCGCAAGCUUGGGACAAUUGUGGAGAAAUUACUGAAUUGGAUUUGUCAUACAAUAUGUUAACUUCUAUAGAACGAGACACGUUUGAUCAUUUGGAUAAAUUAGAAAAGCUCAAAAUGGAUCACAAUCAAAUUAUACAUAUAUCGGAUGGAACAUUUAACUCUACUCCAAAGCUACAAGUUUUGGAUCUUAAUUCUAACAAAAUAUCUUACAUGGUAGAAGAUUUUAAUGGAGCUUUUAGUCCACUAAAUAAUUUAUGGAAAUUAGGACUGGCUCAUAAUAAAAUCAAAUCUGUUAAUAGAAAUGCUUUCAUCGGUUUAAUUCGUGUUACUGAACUUGACUUGAGUGGCAAUAAUAUAACUAGUAUUCAAGAAAAUGCAUUUAUUACGAUGCCAGAUUUAAAAAAAUUAAAAUUAAAUUCACGAUCAUUGGUCUGUGAUUGUGGAUUACAUUGGUUUAGUACAUGGGUAAGAUCACAUAGAUUCGAAGAUACGGAAGCUCAUUGUGGCUAUCCACAUUGGUUGCAAGAUAAACCAUUAGCUCAAUUACAUCAUACAAAUUUCACAUGUGAUGAAUACCCAAAGCCAAGAAUAAUAGAAGAACCUUCAGAUCAAAAACGUGUUAAAGGUGACAACGUGACUAUGAUAUGUCGUGCAACAAGUACAGCUGAUGCACCAAUCAAAUUCACUUGGAAACGCGAUAACGUGGAACUAGAUAAUCCUAAUUUACAAACAGACAUUCGCACGUUGGAAGGUGGUGUAACUAAUGCAUCAUCUGUUUUGCAAUUAAUUAAUGUAACUCAUGCUAAUGCUGGAAAGUAUCAAUGUAUGGUCUCUAAUACUUACGGAACAACAUAUUCUUCUAAGGCCAAAUUAAGUGUUCUAAUAUAUCCAUCAUUUUCUAAAAUACCUCGUGACAUUCGAGUAACUGCUGGAAGUACGGCACGUCUCGAAUGUUCAGCAGAGGGCCAACCAUCUCCUCAGAUAGCAUGGCAAAAAGAUGGUGGAAAUGAUUUUCCAGCAGCAAGAGAAAGGAGAAUGCAUAUGAUGCCUACGGACGAUGUACUUUUUAUUGUAGAUGUAAAAAUGGCCGAUACAGGAGUUUAUUCCUGUACUGCUCAAAAUUUAGCUGGACUUAUCGUGGCCAAUGCGACUCUUACUAUAUUGGAGGUACCGUCAUUUGUAAAGCCAAUGGAGAAUAAAGAAAUAAUGAUAGGUGGUUCUAUUGUAUUGGAAUGUAUGGCAAGUGGUUCACCACGUCCCAAAUUAAUGUGGCGUAAAAAUGGUAGUCCAUUGCAAAUAACUGAACGUCACUUUUUUACGGCGGAAAAUCAAUUAUUAAUAAUAGUUAAUACUAUGAGUAACGAUGCAGGAAGUUACGAAUGUGAAAUGAGUAAUUCGUUAGGAAGCGUUGUUGGUGCAUCUCAUCUUACAGUAAAUCCAGCUCCAACGACAAUCGUAAACGAAGAUAAUAUAUUGGGAUUAAUAAUAAUCACAGUUGUAUGCUGUGCUGUUGGUACAUCGGUAGUUUGGGUGGUAAUAAUUUAUCAGACGAGAAAACGUUUAAACAAUACACGCAAUACUAACACGCACCAAUCGCCAACAACGGUAAUAUCAACGGCGCCAGAAAAUCAAACUCAUAUGUAUUUGGAUACGAGUUCACAGCAUAGUAAAGAUAGUGGUACUGGUGAUAGCACUAAUCCUAGCAACGAUCAGUUACAAUUUUGUUUACCCGAAGAAAUGGUAACUUGUUCGGUCAAUAACGAUGAAGAAACUGCAGCUGUGAACGUUGCUGAUCCACUAAUACGUUAUACAAAUCAUGAACGAUAUAUUCACUCAGAUAAAGCAUGUGCUGUUUAAACAAAGAAUGAAGUUUCAUUCUAUACAGAGACAAUUAUAGCAAAAGGUCUGUAAAUUAUAAAAAACGUUUUACACAGGUGCGUCAUUGUUUGAAGACACGAGUCAGAAAAAAACAACGAACAAUAAUUAAAAAAAAAAAAAAAAUGAUGAUGGCAAAAAAAAAACCUGUGAAAAAUGGCAGCAGAAGGUGGUGAAACUUGUCUAUAUGCAAAAGAAAAAAGUAUUUUUAAUACUUACGACUUAUACUCUUCUCUUGUAUAAUGCUAUUUGGUGUGUUGUGUCAUCUUAGAUAGAACGCGUCAAUGUAUUGAUAAGUAUAAUUAUGAAUUUAUGAAAAAAAAAGAUCAAAAUUAUUCGCAUUAUGGAUAAUACAUUAUAUUUAUGUGGGACGAGCGUCCUCAUGCCAAACUUAUUGGGUAUUCGUGAGAAGGAUUGGUUGGUGGGCCGGCCCUGGAUAGCUCAAUUGAUUAAAAAGAACAGCAGUCGCCCGGAAAGCGAAAAGGAUCCAUGGUUCGAAUCCCGGUGUCCAGUCAGUCAGUCCUCCAGCGUUCCAAUUUUUUUCCACGAAUUCCACAUUUAUAAUAAUGUCAUUAUCAAUGCGAUUAUAAGAAUAUGCAAGUAAAUUAACAGCAAUGAAGAGACGACAUCAUAUUGUAAAUAUUUAACUUUUAAGAGAAUUCGUAUUCUGCUGUUUGUUACUUGCAUGAGAGAUUAUGGUUACAUAUAAAAAAAAAAAAACACACAUAUAAUUUGUAUUAUGACUUGAUUAAGAGAAAGAAGAAUCAUAAAUUCUUUGAAAGUCAUCUAUUAUAACGUAUAUAUAUAUAUAUAUAUAUAUAUUAGGUCAAUCUUUGUGAUAGAUAUUUAUUAUAGAUUUAUACAAAUUAGAAAAGAUACAACAAUAUUUAUGAUACUCGAAAGGUGUGUAAUAUUUUAUCAUGAGGAUAAUAUAGAUGAGAAAUCGAGUAUCAUCUCAAUCUCAUCAUUUGUGUACGAUUGUACUGAUAUACAUAUAUAUCAUCUUCGUGAAUUGUCUUCCCUUUUCAUUUUUUUUUUACACUGUGGUGAUCAUCAUCGUAAUGAUUAACACUAGAUUUACGAAUUGAGCCAAUUUGACUCAUUGAAUAUAUUUGAUUAUUUUAUAUAUUUAUAAUAUUUAAAUAAUAGUUUUUUUAAAAACUUAUAUUGGUUUUUAGUUAUACGUAAUGAAAUAUGCGUAAAUAUUAAUACCAUUCAUUCCUUUAUUCAACCCUUCAUUCAAACUUUAAUGUUAUUAAAUCAUUAAAAAAUAAUGAA